UGCUCCAUUUGGUGGCGCUAAGCCACAUAUCGAUUUUAUAGAUGUCUUUUGACAAACCUGAUAGUUUAAAUAUCGGAUUUAAUUUUUUUUUUUUUUUUACCAUUCUCCUCAUAGAGGGAGAACUCAAUAUUCCUAUAAUGAAUAACCAUAAAAUUUCUAUAAAAGGAUAAUUCAAAACCCCCGUAAAAGAUGACCAUAAAACUCUUAAAAAAAAUAUUAAUAUUUAUUUAUUAAAACUAAUUAAUAAAAAAAAAACUACUGUUGAUGGUGGAUGAAAAGAGAAAAUUUUGCUGAAAAACAAGAAAAUAGAGAGAAAAAGAGGAGACGCAGAGAUAUAUACAACAGAAUGUUGAUUAGAAAAAAAAGUAAGAAAAGGAAAAUAACAAUAAAAGGGUACAGGCUUAAAGUCUACAAAAAUAACACCAAACCAAAAAGACAAAAAUGCUUAGCCAACGUAAGAGUGCAAGGAAAGGAAGCCCAUAAUAAGGUCCACUUGGUUACGAAUUACCCAUUAAACGGUAUCAGUAGCGUCAGGCAUGGAGGAAGCUCAUGAAGUCACUUAAAAACGAGUUUAAUUGAUUUUUGAAGCUCAACGGAAGGAGAAAAUUAUAUAUAGAUUUGGGUAAUUGAAGGGGGGAAAAUUUUCAAAAGAUGGAGGAGGGAUCUUCAAGACCAAUAAAAUUAAUGAAUUUCGUAUCGGAGGAACAGUUAGAUGAGGCUAAGAAAUCAAGAGGUGAGCGUGUUGAAGACGGCACUGCCCAGAGAGACAGGCCUCUCUACGAGAUUUUAAAGGAGAAUAAAGACAAGAAAGAUGCAGAAUUUAAUGAACGGUUUAAACAUAGACCUCCUAAAGCUUUGGAUGAAGAUGAGACUGAGUUUCUUGAUAAAUUAGAAAUGUCAAGGAGGGAAUAUGAGCAACAAGUGGCAGAUGAGGAAGCGCAACAGCUAAGGAGUUUCCAAAUGGUUGUCUGGUUUCUCUUUCAGGCAGCAGUUGCAGCGCAGUCUACCAUUUUACAUGAAUUGAAGGAAACACCACCUGUUCCUGUAGUUCAGGAGCAUAAACAUUUUUUUCUGCAUCCACCUUCUCGCCCAUUAAGUAUGAUUAUUAAGGUCAAACCACAGGCAAAGAAAGCAAAAAUAGGUCAUGGAAAUGUUGAACCAUCAGACUACGUCAAAACACCUGAUGUUGAUUCAGAAAAAUCUUCAGACCUAGUGAAAAUACCUAACGGCUGUUCUAAUGAGUUUCAUGAUGUUGCUAAAACUGGUCUUGUUUCAUACAGCGACGAAAGUGAAGAUGAUUAGAAUAUUUGCUAUAAAAAUCUUUGAUUUCGCUAACUA